UUUGCGACAAGACAACAUGCACUCAAUCUAAAUUCUCAACUCAUUCGCGCUCGGAAAGUGGACCGUGUUGGACGUGCUUAUCUUGGCUACUCCCAGUUCAGUUGUAGAGCUUUUUUCCUCCAUCGACCAAGGAAGUGAGAGUGAGUGAAGUUGAUCGAAAAUAUACAUAACAUUAACCUAGAAGGAGAAAACUAAAGCAUAUAGUGGUGAUUUUACGUGUUAUACAUUAUUUUAGUGAAUUGAGGAAAUCUACGAGGAAGACGAGAAUAGUCCCAUCUUCCUCAGGUCGAUUUCAAGUGCAAAUAUUUACACUAGUAAGCUGUUGUUUGUUUAGUUUGAAAGUUGGCACGAAUGUGACACGAAGAAAAAACGAGUAUACGAAACUCUUUCCUAGUUGGCAAAAUUCCAUCCACUUUUGUUUACCUCUGUAGGUUCCGUUGUGUGUAUUGGUGCAGUUAUAGGUUGAUUAGUACCGAGACAUCACAGAGUUGCACUUGUUUCUCGAUAAAAGAUUGGCUGAAAAGAGUGCAGUCCACCUUCCGAAGCGAAGCAAAGUGAAAAUCAAUAGGAUUGGUGGUGUUUUACGUCAGAAGCUGAGCUGCAGUGUAGUAGACUAAUUCAGACAAUAAUUAUCCGCAGUAAGCGAAACUAGUUUGAGCAAGGCGUUCGUGAUACACGUAGCGCUAACCAAACCCCCAAACCAGAACCUCCAAGAAAUCGAAAGGAACGGUCAUGACACAAGUUGUUUACAUCGGUGGCGUUGAAGGUGGCGCCACCCAUUCAAAGCUGGUAAUAUGCGAUCAGUCCGGAAAGGUGUUAGCAUCGGCCAAAGGUCCCAGCACCAACCACUGGAUGGUCGGCAUUCCAGAAGUGGCCAAACGGAUCGAUACGAUGGCCCGGGAGGCCAAAGUACAGGCCAACAUUCCAGAAAAUCACCGCUUGUCCGCCAUGGGGCUGUGCCUUAGUGGAGCCGAACAGGAUGCCACAAACAAGGAGCUCGAGAACUACUUAAAAACACACUACCCGGAUGUGGCAGACCGCUACAUGGUUGGUAGUGACACAGUCGGCAGCAUUGCCACCGCGUCGAACGUAGGAGGAAUGGUAAUCAUUUCCGGAACCGGUUCCAACACACUGCUGAGAAAUCCAGACGGCAGUACCUAUGGCUGCGGCGGAUGGGGACACAUGAUUGGCGACGAAGGAAGUGCUUGGUGGAUCUCGAAGAACGCUAUCAAAAUCGUAUUCGACCACGAGGACAACUUUCGCCGGAGCAAGCUGUGCGUGGAACGCGUGUGGCAGCUGAUUCGCGAACACUUUGGAGUCAAAACCCGAUCCGAUCUGUUGGACUAUUGUUACGCCAAAUUUUGCAAAACUACAUUCUCCGGACUGUGUGCAAAGCUGGCCAAAUGUGCCCGCGAGGAAGAAGACCCCCUGUGUCGAAAGCUAUUCGAAGAUGCCGGUCAGGAACUGGCUCGUUCUGUUUGUGCCUUAUCGCCUCGCAUCAGCCCGACCCUGAUAAGCAAAUGUGGAAGGCUCGACAUCGUGUGCGUUGGAUCGGUUUGGCUGAGCUGGGAACUGCUGGAGCCAGGAUUUACAAAGGAGCUGGAAAAUGCCAAAUUCAAAUAUGAUCUGAACCUACUGAACCUGACAAACACUAUGGCUCUGGGUGCAGCGUACCUGGCCGCGGAUACCUUCGAGCUAGAACUGCCAAGAGAUUAUUCGAAAAAUUAUGAAGUAUUCUUCGGCCAUCGAGCGGUUUUGAAUGGCAGCGCGAACGGAAGUAGCAACGGAGCAAAUGGAACAAAUGGUACCGCUAAUGGGACAAAGAAUGGAGCUUCGAAUGGUAUAAAGAACGGAACGACCAAUGGUACGAACGGCACCACAAAUGGCACCAACGGAAAUUGAGUCAACCUUCCUUGUCAGCUUGCGGGUUUUCCUAAAGCCGCGCCCUAUCAUACUAAGUGUACCCAGAGAACUGAGAUUUUUACAUAGGCACCAAUUUUUACCUAUAGGAUACUUCACUAAAUGAGCACAAAACUGUAGUAUUGAUGUAAAAAUUUUAUUCCAGAGGCAGUGUAACAAAAUAUACAAUCGUGUAUGUAUUUACAGAUUUAAAAAAUAAAUUAUGUGAUGUGUCAGAACAA